AUGGCCUAUUAUUGCAGAGGACCACAGGGCUCACCGACGGCAUCCUCGUCCGUGGUGUCACCGUCGUCGUCGUCGUCGCAGCUGAUACCGCUCCGUAUGCCGCCGCCGACCAGUGGCGGCAUCAACGAGCCGCAGGAGUGCCCGUACUGUCGGCGGACGUUCUCCUGCUACUACUCGCUCAAGCGCCACUUCCAGGACAAGCACGAGCAGUCCGACACGCUGUACGUGUGCGAGUUCUGCCACCGGCGGUACCGGACGAAAAACUCGCUGACGACCCACAAGAGUUUGCAGCAUCGCGGCUCGAGCGGCAUGCUCAAGCGGCUGCUCAAGACGUCCGCCAUCAAGACGGUGCUAUCCGGCAACGGGAGCACCGUCGGGGGUGGCCUGCACAGCGCUCACCCGCACGCCCAUCCGCAUCUGUUCGACUUUGCCGCCGAACUGGGGCAACCACCGCCCGGUAUCCAGUAA